AUGGUGCAUUUGGAACAAUUUGUUGCAGAAUUUAGGGUGUUGAAUGUUUUAAUAUGUUAUUUUUAUAGUAAGUUUUGGGGCGAAGUUGACGUUGUUUGUAAUCUGAAAAUUGCAGCUGCUAAUGCACUUGAGAUUUUAAAUUUCACACGAAUCAAUGGAAAGCCAAUUAGAAUAAUGUUUUCUCACCGAGAUCCUACCAUUCGCAAAAGUGAAUUAGCGAAUGUUUUCAUCAAGAAUUUGGAUGCAUCCAUAGACAACAAGGCAUUGCAUGAAACUUUUGCUGAUUUUGGUAGUGUGUUGUCUUGCAAGGUAGCCAUUGAUGCCAAUGGUCAAUCAAAAGGCUAUGGGUUUGUGCAGUUUGACCAGAAAGAAGCUGCACAAAAUGCAAUCAAACGGUUAAAUGGCAUGUUGAUAAAUGAUAAACAAGUUUAUGUUGGCCUUUUUGUCCGUCGCCAGAAAAAAGUGAAUGGAUCACCAAAGUUCACUAAUAUUUAUGUGAAAAAAUUUUCUGAGACUACUACUGAUGAGGACCUUAUGAAAUUUUUUGGCAAGUAUGGUCCGAUCACCAGUGCAAUUGUUACGAGGGAUGCAAAUGGAAAGUCCAGAUGUUUUGGUUUUGUAAAUUUCCAGAACCCAGAUGAUGCUGCUGCUGCAGUAGAGAACUUGAAUGGGUCCUCUUUAAAUGAUGACAAAGUUUUGUUUGUGGGGAAGGCUCAAACGAAAGCAGAAAGAGAGGUAGAAUUUAAAGCCAAAUUUGAACAGGAAAGAAACAGUAGAUUUGAAAAAUUACAAGGUGCUAAUUUAUAUCUCAAAAAUCUUGAUGACAGCGUUACUGAUGAAAAACUGAAGGAGUUAUUCUCCAAGUUUGGAAUCAUAACAUCGUGCAAGAUCAUACUUGAUCCACAAGGGGUGAGUAACGGUUCUGGUUUUGUGGCCUUCUCAACCUCCGUGGAAGCUACAAGAGCUUUGAAUGCAAUGAAUGGCAAGAUGAUUGGACAGAAACCUUUAUAUGUUGCCGUGGCCCAGCGCAAAGAUGAAAGGAGGGCACAAUUGCAGCUUUCAGCUUAA